GGCUUCUCUGGAGGGAUGAGGAACCUGUCAAGCAGGAUCCACUUCUAUUCAACGACUGGGGCGCAUGCGCAGUGUCUGAUUCAUUUAAAGAACCGAAUGCAGUCAUUCACCUGGACUAAUGUGCGACAAAGGAUCUGAACGGCGCAUUUCACCUGUAGAUCAUGUACUCUCCGGCAGCCGAUGCGGGAGUGACGGUGGUGGAGAAGGAUCCGGCUCUGAGCAGUGCGUACUCACCUGUGGACUACAUGAGCAUCACCAGCUUCCCCAGACUACCAGAAGAUGAAGUUUCAGCUGACAACAUCCUCAGAUCACGCAAAGACAAUGAGAACUUCCUCAGUGAGCAGGACACAGACCCUGAUCUGUUCCUGAAGUCGUCCCGACUGCAGCAGCUGCCCUCCUCUGCCUCUGACCUGGCCAGUCAGGACCUGUCUCCUCUGAGAGAGACCAGCAGAGACCCGCUGGCUCAGGACUGCGCCUGCACACGUGACGGGCUGACCGUCAUCAUCACCGCCUGCCUGACCUUCGCCACAGGGGUCACCGUGGCCCUCAUAAUGCAGAUCUACUUUGGAGACCCACAGGUGUAUAGUCAAGCGGCGGUGGUGACGGAUGUGGCCCGCUGCACGUCUCUGGGCUUUGAGGUUCUGGCCAAACAGGGGUCCAGCGUGGAUGCUGCUGUAGCUGCUUCGCUCUGCCUGGGCAUCAUCCAUCCCCACACCUCGGGCAUCGGCGGUGGUGGCGUGAUGCUGGUCCAUGACAUCCGCAGGAAUGAGAGCCGGGUCAUUGACUUCCGCGAGACGGCACCCUCCGGGAUUCACCAGGACAUGAUGUUACGUGUUAAUCAACAGUCAGGUCUGUUAGUGGCUGUUCCCGGCAUGAUCAGUGGACUACACCAGGCUCAUCAGCUCUAUGGAAGAUUGCUGUGGAAGGACGUCGUCACGAUGGCCGCCGAUGUGGCGAGGACUGGAUUCAAUGUGACGCACGAGCUGGCUGAUGCGCUGUCUGAAGUGAAGGAGCAGAAUGUGUCGGAUACGUUCAGAGAUCUGUUCCUGCCGAACGGUCAGGCGCCCCUCGCGGGACUCUUGGCUAAACGUCUGGAUUUAGCUGCCGUUUUGGACAGGAUUGCAGCCAACGGAGCCUCAGAGUUCUACAGUGGGAAUCUGACACAGGAAAUGACAUCAGCGGUUCGAGCUAAAGGAGGUGUGCUCAUAUAGAAUAACACCACAAAAAACACAACACUCACACACAAAACACACCAAAAACUCUACCAAGGCUACCAGGUGUUCGUUCCUCCUCCGCCCCACGCGGGAGCCGCCCUGCUGUCCGCACUCAACAUCCUGGAGGGCUUUAACAUCACACACCAGGUGUCCAGGAGCAGCAUUCAUCACUGGAUCGCUGAGUCUCUGAAGAUGGCUUUGUCUCAAGCCAGUGCGCUGGGAGACUCCAUGUUCGAUUCAUCGGUUUCUGAGUUGGUGACGCAGAUGCUCAGUAAAAGCCAGGCUGCUGUGCUCCGGCAGAAGAUCAAUGAUUCUCAGGCGUCUGCGGCCGAGCUCUACACGCCGUCAUACGAGCUGCAGCAGGGCGCUGUGGCCAGCCAGCUCAUGAUCAUGGGCACCGAUGACUUGAUCGUGUCUGUUAUGAGCUCUCUAAACCGGCCGUUUGGAAGUCGCAUUGUGACGUCCUCUGGGAUCCUCCUAAACAGUCAGAUGCUGGACUUCUCUUGGCCCAACAAAACCCACAGCUCUGCGGCUUUCAAUCUGCGUAACAGCAUUGAGCCGGGCAAGAGGCCGGCCUCGUUCCUGACGCCCAUCGCGGUGCGGCCGUCCAUCGGGGUGUGUGGCACAUACGUGGCGCUGGGCUCCUCUAACGGCGAGCGGGCGCUGAGCGGCAUCACGCAGGUUUUGAUCAAUGUUUUGUCCUCACGUAAUAACAUGAGUGACAGCGUGUCCUACGGCAGACUGCAUCCUCUCAUCCAGAACAACACCCUGCUGGUGGACUCUAAAUUUCUUGAGGCGGACGUGAAGUCUCUGAUGCAGAAGGGUCAUGAUGUGCGUAAGGUGGACAUCAUCUCACUGGUAGAAGGGACCCGGCGGACCAAUGAGCUGAUCAUCGGUGUGAAGGACCCGCGCAGCACUGAUGCCUCGGCGCUGUCCAUGUCCAUGCCCUAGACUCACACACACUCCCACUGUCUGCUACUUCAUUCUUCUGCUGUUUGUGCACUAAAUAGGGAUGUUAUGAGGUUUCCACGCUCCCUGCUACUCCACCACAAACACAGAAAAACAAUGACGUGACUCCUCUUUGUUGGCUUGUUUUUUUUUUUUUAUUAUUUACCUGAAGAUUUCAAGAACUAAGUAUGUUAUCACACACGACUGGAAAAGUUCACCCAAAAAUGAAAUUGAUGAAACUUUACUGAUUGAAACCGAAGAAGAUCUAAUUUCUUCAUCAGAUUUGGAGAAAUAUAGCAUUAUACAUCAGUGUCUCAGCAAUGGAUGCUCUGCAGUGAAUGGGUGCCGUCAGAAUGAGAGUCUAAACAGCUGAUAAAAACAUCACAGUAAUACACACCAUCAGUCCAUCAGGUUUAAUGAAUGAUGCUUUGCUUAAUUCUCCAAAUCUGUUCUGUUGAAGAAACAAACUCAUCUGUGAUGGUCUAAGGGUGAAUAAACUUUCACUUUUGGGUGAACUAUUCCUUUAACUGCCUUUAACUAUUCCUCCAACACAAAAACAUUUGAACACACCUGCUCAUUAUUUAUUGAUAUUUUCCACAUUUGUGGAAUUAUAGUUAAGGCAUUAAAACUGUGAAAUAACACAAAAGGAAGCAUGAGAAUUAUGAAGUGAAAAUAUUUGUGCUUAUUCAGUCGCCAGCCUUUGUCUGGAGUCCGGCUGAGCACACUUCUGUCAGAAACCCUCACGAGGAGCAACAGAACAGUACUGAAGGCGUUUCAUGGCUGCUGGCUGCUUCUCCUUCACUCAUAAGAUCAUAAGGAUCAAAUUCAGUCAAGUGUGUCCUAACUUUUAACUUACAUAAUUGCUGUCUUUUGAUUAUCCUAAUUAGGAGUUAUUUGAGGAUCUUAUUGUGUGAAUUACUCCAGUGGCAGAUAAAGGCAAAUUAAAGGUUUUUUUCAUACCUUG